UGCAUAUAUAUUAUGUGUAUGAUCUAAAGCGUUUUAGCCUUUUUGCUUCCUUUUUCCUCUGCCAUUCUUGUACCCUUUCGUUUUCUUCCCCUUGGGGGUUUUUCCCAGUUAUGUCAGCUUAACAAUCAAACAGACACCGCUGAAUAGAAACCAGGGUUUUUACAUUUUCUUAGAAAGAGAAACUAGAGAGAGGGGGAGAGAGAGAGAGAGAGGGGGGGUUUGAGCGGCAAUAAGGGUUUUUGGUUGUAUUCUACCAACCCGUUUGGUUGUUCUUAAAUUUUGUGGGUUUUGGUUGGUGGGUCGAGGUCAUCAAGUUUUUAUGAGUGGGUUAGGUUGUGGCAAGAAAUUGAAUCGGUGAAUGCUAGCCAUGGUGCUGUUCUCAGAGUUCUACAUCAAUCUGAAAACUAGUUGGGUUGUCAAAGAGAGAGACAAUCUGUUGAGACCUAUUUUGAAAGUGAAAGUGAUUUGGUUUUAGAAUUUUUUUUGUUAUAUUACUUUUAAGUUAGUAUUACAAAGAGAAAGGGGUGUAAUUUCAUUUUCGUAUUAAUUUGAUGAGUUUUGGGGGUUUCAUUAGCGGUGGUGGCGGUGUUAGUGAUAGUAAUGGGGGUGUAAGAAAUUUGACGGAUGCACCUUACAGCAACUCCAUCCCCAUUGCUGCUUCCAUGGCUCAGCCACAACUGCUCAAUCCACCUAUUGCCCAGCCAGUAUUCAACUCUCCAGCCCUCACUCUUGCCCUUAAACCAAAGAUGGAGGGUCAUGGUGAGAUGGGACUGAUGGGGGAAAAUUUUGACCCUAGUGUACUGGGGAGGAUCAGGGAAGAUGGGUAUGAAAGUAGGUCUGGCAGUGACAACUUGGAAGGCGGAUCGGGGGAUGAGCAGGAGGUGGGAGGCGAUACACCGGGGAGGAAGAAGAGAUACCAUCGACACACCCCCUAUCAAAUUCAGCAGCUUGAAGCUUUCUUUAAAGAGAAUCCUCACCCUGAUGAGAAAGCAAGGUUGGAAAUCGGCAGGAAGCUAACCUUGGAGAGCAAGCAAGUCAAGUUUUGGUUUCAAAAUCGCCGAACUCAAAUGAAGACCCAAUUGGAGCGCCAUGAGAAUGUAAUUCUUAGACAAGAAAAUAAUAAGCUCCGAAUUGAGAAUAUUGCAAUUAAGGAUGCCAUGAGGAGCCCAAUUUGCAGCAGUUGUGGUGGCCCGGCAGUUCUGGGCGAAAUAUCUAUUGAGGAGCACCAACUUAGAAUUGAGAACGCCCGGCUAAAAGAUGAACUAAAUCGGAUCUGUUCCUUAGCAAACAAGUUCGUGGGAGGGCCAUUAUCAUCCUUAUCUGGCUCCAUCCCUUCUUCACUGGCAAACUCUUCUUUGGAACUUGCCAUCGGAAGACAUGGCUUUGGUAGUUUAAACUCAGUAGACACCACGCUGCCAAUGGGACUCGAUUUUGGAAAUGGUGUUUCAAAUUCUUUGCCUGUGAUGCCUUCAACCAGACCAAUCAUGGGUACAACCGGUGUCGACAUACCAUUUGAGAAAUCCAUGUUUAUGGAGCUUGCAUUGGCCUCCAUGGAUGAGUUAGUAAAGUUGUCUCAGAUUGAUUAUCCCCUCUGGGUCAGAAGCCUGAAUGGAGGUAGGGAAGCAUUAAAUUAUGAGGAGUACAUGCGGGCAUUUCCUCCUUGCAUUGGCAUGAAAGCAAGUGGUUUUAUAACUGAUGCUACAAGGGCAACUGGUGUAGUAAUCAGCAAUAGCUUGGCCAUUGUGGAAACAUUGAUGGAUGCAAAUAGAUGGGCGGAAACUUUCUCCUGUUUGAUUGGUAGAACCUCUACUAUUGAUGUGAUUUCCAGUGGCAUGACCGGAACCAGAAGCGGUGCUCUGCAACUGAUGCAUGCAGAGCUGCAAGUUCUUUCACCACUGGUACCUGCCCGUCAACUGAAGUUUAUCCGCUUUUGCAAGCAGCACGCAGAGGGGGUUUGGGCUGUAGUUGAUGUGUCUGUUGACACUAUCCAAGAAGGUUCAAAUGCACGCCCGUCAAUGAAUUGCAGGAGGCUUCCUUCUGGCUGUAUUGUUCAAGAUAUGUCUAAUGGCUAUUCCAAGAUUACCUGGGUUGAACAUUGGGAAUAUGAUGAAAGUGCCGUCCACCAUCUCUACCGGCCAUUACUCAGCUCUGGCAUGGGCUUUGGUGCACAAAGGUGGAUUGCCACACUACAACGACAAUGCGAGUGCUUGGCAGUCCUUUUGUCCUCUACUGUUCCUGGUGAAGAUCAGACAGCUAUUACUCCAAGUGGUAGGAGAAGCAUCGUGAAGCUGGCACAGCGCAUGACUCGUAACUUCUAUGCUGGGGUGUGUGCAACUGUUCACAAUUGGGAGGUGCUCCAAGUUGGAAAUGUGAGUGAAGAUGCAAAAUUGAUGACACGUAAGAAUGUGGAUGACCCUGGUGAGCCUCCUGGGGUCGUGUUGAGUGCCACAAUGUCUGUUUGGAUGCCUGUAUCCAGGCAGCGUCUGUUUGAUUUCUUGCGAAACGAACAGCUGAGGAACGAGUGGGACAUUUUAUCCCAUGGUGGGCCAAUGCAAGAAAUGAUCCACAUUGCCAAGGGCCAGGAUCGCGGGAACUCUGUUUCUCUUGUUCGUGCUAGUUCUGUUCCCGGCAAUGCAAACCAGAGCAGCAUGCUGAUAUUGCAAGAGACAUGGACAGAUGCAUCAGGUUCACUCAUAACUUACGCACCAGUUGACAUACCAGCAAUGCAGGUCGUCAUAAAUGGGGGAGAUUCUACCUGUGUGGCUCUUUUGCCAUCAGGAUUUGCAAUUGUUCCUGAUGGUUUUCCUGAUUCUAGUGGGCCUAACAACUGCAAUGGGACUGUGGCCAUGGAAGGUAGUGGCGGCAGCGGUGGGUCCCUACUGACCGUGGGGUUCCAAAUAUUGGUGAAUAACCUUCCUUCAUCCAAGCUCACAAUGGAAUCAGUUGAAACCGUGAACGAUCUAAUCUCUCAGCAAAUUCAGAAAAUCAAAGCUGCCCUUCGCUGCAAUUAACGCGGGAGUAAUUGGUAACCGUGCUGCAUAGCUCAAUCAAUUUAUGUUUCUAUUUUGGAAAAUAAUACUAUAAAUCAGAUGGAUAUGUAAAAGGCAACGGAGGGAAAGGCAUAUAGCUUGAGAUGAAAAUUCGCACAAAAGGGGAUUCGAGUCAAGAACGAACCGUGAUGAAUCCUUGCUGGUUGUUGAGUACACAACAUGAUUUUGAUUGAUUCACGAGGGAUUGUGUUGUUUACUUAGCACCGGGAAAAGGGUAGUGGUUCGGGUAUUGACUCGAUGGACCUGCCCGAUCAACUCAGCUCUGAAUAGUCAAUUUGUUUUUGUUGGUUGUUUUAUCAUUUAGAGAGGAAAAACUGAAUAGUCAAUUUGUUUUUUUGUUGUUGGUUUAUCAUUUGGAGAGGGAAAACUUAAGUUCAUGCAACUCGGGGACUUUCUAUCUUGCAUGCAUAGUUGUUAAUAUUUUCCUUCUCGACUGUUAUUUUGCUUAGUAGUUAUGUUUUGAAUAAUUGAAAUUUCACCUCACAUGUUCAUCUUU